CCGCGCUCCGCCUGCCCCACCCCGGCGGCGCCGCCCGCCCGCGCGUCCAUCGGUCCACCUGCAGCAAGCAGUCCCUCCGACCGUCCGACCCAGAGGCGCCGGCCGAGCCCGAGGCCUGGGCUCUUGCUCCCUGGCGGAGGGAUCCGCGGCGGCUGAGGAGGCGGCGCUGAGCCUAGAAGGAAGAGGCAGCUACCGCGGUGGCGGCGGCGGCGGCGGCGGCUCGGGCGGCAGCGCAUAAAGGGGCCGCCGCCGGGUGAUGCGGUGACCCCUGCGGCAGGCUCAGGAGCCGAGUGGGCCACGGCCCCAAGUCCGUCCCGCCGGACCCGCGCUCCGGAACUCCCCAUCUUCUCCGGCCGACCCGCGAUCACCGAGGCGGCCUCGCGCCCCCUCGCCCCUUCCCCGUCCCUCCCCUGCCCCUGUUCCCGCCCCGGGGGCCGCCUCCACCCGCCUCCCACGAUGGCUCUGAAGAGAAUCCACAAGGAAUUGAACGACCUGGCGCGGGACCCCCCAGCACAGUGUUCAGCAGGUCCCGUUGGAGAUGAUAUGUUCCAUUGGCAAGCUACAAUAAUGGGGCCAAAUGACAGUCCCUAUCAGGGUGGAGUAUUUUUCUUGACAAUUCAUUUCCCAACAGAUUACCCCUUCAAACCACCUAAGGUUGCGUUUACAACAAGAAUUUAUCAUCCAAAUAUUAACAGUAAUGGCAGCAUUUGUCUUGAUAUUCUACGGUCACAGUGGUCUCCAGCACUAACUAUUUCAAAAGUACUUUUGUCCAUCUGUUCUCUGUUGUGUGAUCCCAAUCCAGAUGAUCCUUUAGUGCCUGAGAUUGCUCGGAUCUACAAAACAGAUAGAGAAAAGUACAACAGAAUAGCUCGGGAAUGGACUCAGAAGUAUGCGAUGUAAUUAAAGAAAUUAUUGGAUAACCUCUACAAAUAAAGAUAGGGGAACUCUGAAAGAGAAAGUCCUUUUGAUUUCCAUUUGACUGCUUUCUAUGAGCCCACGCCUCAUCUUCCCCUGUGCACAUGUUUACCUGAUACAGCAGUGCUGCGUGUUGUACAUACUUGGAACAACAAACUAGAAAUACUGUACUUCUGUACCAACAUUGCCUCCUAGCAGAGAAGUGUGUGUGUGACAAGCCAGUUCUCCAGGCAUAACCUAGGUGUGAGACUAAAAGCUUUCCUUAUUGACUUAAAUUUGGAUAACGGCAGAGUGAGGGGUGGUGGGUAUGGUGUGUGCUUGGAUGGGGAAGAAAAGCUCCACUGACCUGUAGGAGAUUGUUUUUUAAGUGAAAUCCCAUUAAACUCAAAACAGUUAUGAAAAGCAAGGCGAAGAACAUGAAGCUGUUUCUGUAUUCAUUUUAUUCCGAAGGACUUAACGUCUUAGGUGAAAGUUAUGACCAAUCAGGUUAAACUCUACCUACAUCCUGUAUUUUAAGGUCUAAGUUUAACUGGUCAACAUUUAAAUGGAUUGGAGCUAUUAGUAAAGUGUGAUGGGCUUUGUUUCCAAUUCUUUUACAUCUCCCCACCCGUCAACCUUCGUCCUUCAGCCCCUCUUUCUCUCUUCCAUAUUCUUUGGUUUGUAUGUGGUUUCUCAGUUAAUACAUAGCUAAUAGCUCUUAUUUUUCUUAUGUUUUUAACUGCUUAGGUCUAUCUGGAUGUAAGGGUGAAAAUUCAUUCGAUGGAAAUACUUGUGUAUAUUUAAAGACCCAAUUGCUCCUCUGGAGCCUGUACGUUCAAGAAUGAUUAAUCUGUGUAAUAAACUGAUUACUACAGUCAUUACAUAUAAUUUUGUGUGAAUAGGCUUUCUGAUUUUAAGAAUUUUGUCUAGCUGAGAUUAGUGGUGGAUUUUUUCCCACCCCUGAAAUGUUUUCAUUUAUACUGGUUGCAUUUCAAAAUCAUGAAACAAUUCAGUUUACAUAGUAAAAAGGAUAUCUUGAAAGUAAUUUUACUGAACAAGAUAAACGCAUAAGCUUAAAAGAAUUUUCAUGAAACUUAUAUGUGCAGUAUUCCAGGAACACGACUGUUAAACUAAAUAAGAAAUUUGCUUUAUUAUUGAAACUAAGCUGCAUUUCACCGAAACCUUGUGACAUUCCUUUGGUACAUAGGACAUAAAACAAAGGCAUUGCUAUUUGGUAAGUUAAGCUUCUGUGAUUGUGAUUGUAAAAACAACAUUGACCAAACCUGGGAAACAUGAGCACAAUCUUGUAUUGGAGAGUCUACAUAAUUACUUUGCACUAACAUUGCAGGAUGUUCAUCCAAUUUUAAAUUGUACUGUAUGUGGCUUUUUGGUCUUCCCUUGACGCUGGUAAAAUGUAGUUUGAAACUUGUAAACAGCUGUAUUUGCCAGAAACAUCGUUCCUGUGAACUAGGCAAGUUACUUUUUUUCCCCCUACUUCUCCUAAUCUAAUUGUAAACCAGACCAGCCUGAAAGCAAUGGCUGAUGCUCUCUAGCUGUCAGGUUCUUUCAAAUGCAUCUUUACACUCUUGCACAAAAAUUGAGGAAUAAAUGUCCACUGCUUUUGGUUUUAAA